AUGAUACCAGCGGCAUCAGACCUGAGGCAACGCGCGCGCCCCUCUCUGGAAGAUCGUCUGGAAAGUGGGGGCCUCCUACGUGGCCGCGAUGCGUUGGCGGGAGGAACGGUCUUAGCACUGCAGGUUUCCAAAGGAACGCUCUGUGCAUUGACCAACUGCCGUACCACGGUGAAAUGGCCACAGCAGGAACGGAUCUCGCGAGGACAUUUGGUGGAAUCCUUGGCCAACCAUUGGUCAACCACUGAUGGACGUGGACGUGGACGACUGGAGGGGUUCAUCAAGGACAAGAAACUGGACCCCUUCCAUGUGCUGGUGGGAAAUAUCUUUCAGGAGUCCCCAGAGAUGCACUACGUUUGGAAAGCCCCGUUCGAGGAGACUCCGGAGACGGCUCCACAAAGCUGUCGCUGGGCGUCGGGCGGAAGCGUUUGGAAGCAUGGCAUCUUCGUGAUUUCCAAUGAGUUGCUGGGACUUCCAAAGAGAAAAGCCUUGUGGUAUGCCAAAUCCCUGGUGCUGCCCGCCGAGUGGAGCUUGGAGGGCUCGGAGGUGUGGCUUCAUGUGGGCGCCUGUGACUCAUAUGCGGAGGUCAUGGUGAAUGGAAGAAGUUGUGGCACCCACCUGGGGGGAAAUACGCCAUUCAGCCUGAAUAUUACCUCAGCACUGCGAAGUGAUGGAACUGAUGGAGAAGUGAAGAUCAACAUCAAAUGCACCGAUUCCUCAAGUGUGGAUAAGCCAGCUGGAAAGCAGCUCUGCAGGCCAGGAAUCUACAAGGGCAAGGGCAAUCUCGGGACCCUUUAUUCAAACAUCACUGGCAUUUGGCAAACUGUCUGGUUGGAGGCCCGUUCCCAGCAACACCUGGCUGGUUUGCAGAUGGUGGCCAAAUUGGAGGAAUUGGAUCAGUGGCAUCUGGAGCUGCAAGCAGAAGUCGCCACCAAAGCUGGGGAAACUGUGGAACUGGUGGCUACUCUCUUCACAGAUAGAAGCUGUAGAGAUCCGAUUUGUCAAAGCUCCACAUCGGUCAAUGACGCCAAGAACGUGGCCCUUCAACUCUUGGUGCCCCAGAAAGAAACGAAACUCUGGUGCCCGGAAAAUCCGCAUUUGUAUGGUCUCCAGCUACAUUUGCAGAACCAAAGAGGGGAAAUGGUGGACAGGGUCACCUCCUAUGCUGCCUUGAGAAGUGUCACCUGCCAUGGAGACCAGAUCUGCUUGAAUGGAAAUCCUACUUUCUUGCGGCUGGUCUUGGAUCAAGGUUACUACCCCGAUGGCUUGUGGACAGCCCCUAGUUCUGAUCAUCUGCGACAAGACAUUGUGCUGGCGAAAAAGCUGGGCUUCAAUGGUGCGCGACUCCAUCAGAAAGUCUUCGAACCGCUGUAUUUUGCACAUGCCGACGAACUGGGCUUUUUGGUCUUCUGCGAGUAUCCGGAUUGGAACGGUGGCUGGUCCAAUCGCUGGCAGGUCUCGUCAGCAUAUCAAAGUUACCUUAUGGAGGAAUGGGCAACACUGGUGAGACAUUUGCAGAAUCAUCCAUCUAUCUUGGUCUGGGGCAUUUUCAACGAGUUCGGCCCCAAAAACGGCUGGGAUAGACACCAUGGUCCGGGAGGAGGCUUUAAGAGACGCUACUCUGCCGAAGAGAGUGAGGCCAAAAUCCAGAAGCAUAAGGAGUUCGUGCAGCAGACCGUGCAGCUGGUGAGAAAGAUGGAUGGUCAAAAGAGGCCCAUCCAUGACUCAUCUGGAUGGAUUCAUGUAUCUACAGAUCUAUGGAGUUUUCAUGACUAUGAACAAAAGAUAGAGAGGUGGUCGAAAAUCCUCUCAGAUCCCACCAAGUACCUUGAUGGUCGGCAAGGUCAGCCAUUGCUCGUUGGGGAGUUUGCGGGUGUUGGAUUUGAUGCCGGUGGGCCAUAUGGCUUCAAUGACGAGAAAUUCUUGCCGGGCUACGUCCAAAGAGGCUACGAACUGCCUGCCACGGCAGAUGAAGCCUUGUCGCGAAUCCAUGGCUUAACAGCAGAGAUCUACAAACGUGAUCUCUACGCUGGCUAUUGCUUCACUCAACUCUAUGAUGUUGAAUAUGAAAAAAAUGGUCUGUUGAAAUACGACCGCACACCGAAAUUUCCACUGCCCCAGCUGCGACGGAUCUUCGACGGCCGCCUUCAGACCGGGCGAUGGCGAAAGCUGCCAGUUCUGCGGGGCAAGCGCUGCAGAAAGCUGCGGCCCUUGAAGUCCCGAGCCCUUCGGAGAUUGCGAGCCGUUCGAUGCGCAGCAAGGAAUCCGAGCUAUGGUGAAGCGUGGCCAAAGUGUCAGUGGCUUCAACAAGAGCUGAAGAAUUUUCUGGAAACUUUGCCCUCAACAGCUUCAGCCAGUGAUCUACAUGCAGGCCUCGCUUCGCUGAUGUCGCGCUAUGAUGUGCCCAAAGUGAUGCCUCCGCAGCGGUUGCCCAACUGGUUUCCGGCGAGCAUCGAGAAGAUGCUCCACUCUGGCCCUUUCUGCCCCUGGCGUCCGGAACUUCAGCACUUCGGCACCGUGUCGCAGCGCAUCCUCUUCAAUCAGGGACGAGUGACACACUACUACCAUCGUUCCACCAACCUGCCCAGCGCCAGGGACACCAGGGACACCAGGGAUACCUUGGGUGCUGCAGCACCAUGUGCACCCGCGCUGGGAGAAUGGCAGGUGAAUGACAUCACCGGGAAAGAUUUGCAGGUGGAAAGAGAAGAUUUCAAGCUGCAAUCCUUGAUCGAUGCAAAGCUGAAUGACUUCAAGGAUGAGAUUAACGACAUCACAGAAUCGGCGGACAAACAGCAAAUCAUCGAGGAGAAGUUGGCUGAUAUCACAGCCCAAUGGCACACCACCUGUUUCGAGUUCAGUACUUGGAAAGGUCGGGAAGUGCCAUGCGUCCUGGUUGGGUCGAAGGUCACUGAAAUCCAGGAGUCCUUAGAGGCUCCAUCUCUGACCCCGGGGUCUCGCAAUGGCGAUUUGGAGGAGACACAGAUGAUUUUGAACGCCAUGAACGUCAGGGUCUUAGGGGAUGAGGGCUGUGAAAUUUCAGCUGGACUGGAGAACCUGAAAUGUUCAGAUAUCUUCAGCAUUCAGUAG